GAAGCAUCCAUUUCACAAUUCUCUAUCUCUAGUUUCUGUGGCCUUUUGUUUGGUUACGACAGCGUUUUUGAUCUCGUGAUUUGAAGGGGGACAUGGUAAGAGUCGUCGAGUCUAACUCGGUUUCUGGGAGUUCCGAUGUACAACUGAGUCUUGACUCGAUCAGGGAAUCGUUGAUCAGACAAGAAGACACCAUCGUCUUUAGCUUGAUCGAGAGAGCUAAGUUCCCACUCAAUAAACCUUCAUUCGAGGAAUCUCGCUGCCUAGAUUCAGGAAACUCCUCUUCUCUGACUGAGUUCUUCGUCAGAGAAAUGGAAACCAUCCAAGCUAAGGUAGGAAGAUACGAUAACCCGGAAGAGAAUCCUUUCUUCCUUGACAACAUUCCUCACUCGGUUUUUCCUUCACACAAAUAUCCACAGGUUCUGCACCCUAAGGCUUCGUCUGUUAACAUAAACAAACGCCUUUGGGAUAUUUACUUUAAAGAAUUGCUUCCUUUUUUUGUCAAACCUGGUGAUCAUGGCAACUAUGCAUCAACUGCUGCUUGUGAUCUUGCUUGCUUACAAGCUAUUUCGAGGAGGAUUCACUAUGGUAAAUUUGUUGCUGAGGUCAAAUUCAGAGAUGCUCCUCAUGAUUACGAACCUGCCAUUCGCUCUAAGGACACAGAGGCAUUGAUGAAGCUUUUGACGUUUGAGAAAGUGGAAGAAAUGGUUAAGAAGAGAGUUGAGAAGAAAGCAGAAACGUUUGGACAAGAGGUGAAGUGCGUCUCUGGUGAUGAGAGCGAGAACUACAAAGUGGAUCCGUCGCUCGUCUCUCGCAUCUAUGGAGAAUGGCUUAUCCCUCUCACCAAAGACGUUGAAGUUGAGUAUCUUCUACGUCGUCUCGACUGAAUCUUGAGAUAUUGAAACAAGAAGUUAGGAUGAUGAGUCCAUUUUCUUUUCACUCUUACAAGAUUUGUUUUAUCAAAAUAAAAGUUUUAUUACAGAAUACAGACUAUCAACCAAAAUAUUGAAGCUUAUCAUAGAACCAG